AUGGUGAUUACGGGAACGGAUUAUUGUAGUGAGUGUAACACUGGGUAUGACCCAAACGACUUGCAGUGUCAAAUGUGUCAAAGUAUGGAUCCUCAUAUCCCAAUAACACCGACAAACCCCCUCUAUUUGAAAAACAACAAUGAAGAAUGUGUUCCAGUAUCAGUGAAUACAACUGAAGAGUUAUACAAUGGGUAUUUGACAAAUAAAAGGUUGAAUAUAAACGAACAAUAUAAAGUUCCACAAAGUGAUAUUAAAUUAUACCACUCGCCUUGUUCUGAAAAGAGAAUCAAUAGAAAUGUAUUUGGUUAUGGGGCUUGGGUUUCCUUUAAUUCGACCACACAAAACGAUUUUGAUACCAAAUAUAUCAAAGUUGAAUGGGAACAGAAUUUCUCUGUGGACGUUAUAUAUUUGGAAAAUGAAGAAGUAGUCUGUCAUACUGCUGGAGACUUUUUAACAUCACAGAGUUUUGGUAUAAUUACUUAUAACACAGUGUAUUAUGCAUUUGUGUGGUCAAAUACCAUUCCGACAAACACUCCAAUUAUCACUGUAGAAACGAUGAGAAAGGAGAAAUACCAUAUUGACAUCGAUGAACCAUUAUUACGUGCAAUAGCAAAUUCACCGAAUGGGUAUCACAAAACAGUGAGAAUGGGUGAAUGUGAUUACAUCCGCUCUGUAUGUUCAGGGAGCAUUUAUAAGACUUUAAAAAUACAUAUUGCGUCUGUGUACGAAGAUAUGAAUUUUCAAGUCAAAAAUUUGGACCGGAAGUAUCGAAUGGUCGAAGAUGUGAAAAUACUAAAUAACUCGGAUGAGUGUAAUUGGUCGAUUCGAGGGAGUAAAGAAGGUGCUUUAAGAAAAGAAGGGAUCACUGAUGAACUUUCCUUUGUUAUCAAAUUUGAAAAGGGGAAAGAGUACUUUGUGAAUUACUUUUCGUAUGAGUCGAUUGCGACUGACCAAAUUUUGAUUAGAAAAGUGUGCGAGGAUAACUGUAAUGAAAACAGUGGUGCUGGAUUUUGUAAUAAGAAAACGGGCGAAUGUGUGUGUAGUAUACACAAAUAUGGAAAGAAAUGCAGAGAUAUAUGUUACAACACAAGUACAAAAGUAUUUAAUUUAGAAUACGGAGACUCCAAAUUGUUAUGUAGAUAUGGGGAGAGUGGAUGUGAUGAAGAUUGUCAGUGUAGUGAUGGAUAUACUUUUGAAAACCAGAUAUGUGUUCCAAAUUCAUGUUAUAACAACACCAUCACCAAUAUGGAGUGCUUACGAGGUGAUGCACAUUGCACAUCAACGUGUACAUGUGAAUUUGGAUAUAAGUUAAUUUCGGAUAAUGUAACACAUGUCUGUGUUUCUGUCUUAUGUGGUAACAAUAGAUAUGAUGAUGGCGAAGAAUGUGAUGGUGGGAAUACAUGUAACGUAUACUGUAAAUGUGUACAAGGUUAUCGACCAAGAGGAAAUGGGAAAUGUUACGACUCUGGGAUGACGUACUGGUUAAUGGCAGUGUGUUCAUUUGUAUUUGUAGCGUUUGUGGUGUUUAUUAUUGCAGUUCUUGUUGUUGUGAUAUUCAUGAGACAAUUCAAAAGAAGACAAAUCGACUUUAAAAAAUAUUUGCAGAUCCAACCAAUAUACUUCUACGAUAUUAUAGGUUCCUCCGAAAUUACUAAAACAUCGAAAGUGUUUGCCUACCCAAAUAAACUUGAUUUUGGAAACGAUGACACGCCAAGCAAUAUCAACGAGACUCGAUUUGAAAAGGUUAUAUUGACAAAUAAAACAAAGCACCAUGCGAUGUUUGUUAUUCACACAACAAACAGUCCAAAAUACAGAUUUUAUUUUGAGCCACAAAUUGUGUAUUUAUCACCAAAGAGAAAUAAGGAGAUAACAGUGUAUAUGACACUGUUCUGUACAAGCCACAUUCUUGGAAUGAAAAUCCAUUACACGGUGUAUAUAUCUGAUAACAUUAAAACUCUUCACAAAAUUGAGGAAUUACUUUACGACAAAACAUUUGAGACAUUCAGUCUGGAUGACAAAGAAGAAAUGUCACUUUUAAUGCAAAAGGUGAAAGAAAAGCAUCACGGACACUUCACAAUUACCACAGAAGCUAAUCGCUCGACUUCCAUUGAUAUUGAUGAAAUCGAAAUUGCUGACAGACCAAUUGGUGAUGGUGCAAAUGGUGUGGUGUAUUUGGGGCUCUACCGAGGAGCAUAUGUCGCUGUUAAAACGUUUAAUUGGGAAAAUUUAACAGAGGAAGAGUCACUGAAUUUGAAAGAGAAAGUGGACAACGAGUGUAAGAUGAUGGAGAAACUACGAAAUCCAUUUAUAGCAAAUUAUAUUGGUGCAGUGACUUAUAUCCCACAAGUCUCUAUGAUAACCGUCUUCUUUGAAUUGGGCAGUCUAGCAGAGUACAUUCGAAGGAACAAUGACUUUAAUGUGAUACUUCCUUAUAAAUACAAAUUGCGAGUGAUGUACGACUGUGCAAGGGGAAUGGCCUUUUUGCACCAAAAUAAGAUCAUCCAUCUUGAUUUGAAGCCAGACAAUUUACUUGUCAAUUCAUUCUGGUCGCAGACGUCUUCUGCUGUUAUUAAAAUCACUGACUUUGGAACGUCUAAGAUUUUUGCUGAUAGAACGUCUGAUAAAGGACUUGGAACACCAAUUUAUGUCUCUCCAGAGUCUUAUAGUGAUAUUUAUAAUGAAAAGUGUGACGUCUAUUCAUUUGGGAUAAUGGCUUGGGAAUUGUACUAUGCAGAAGAACCAUGGAAGGAUACAAAGUCUCUCUUUGAUAUUAAAGAUCAUGUCUUAAAAGGAAUACGUCCCCCAUUGAAUGGGAAUUGUCCUGUUGACUAUUCAAAAUUAAUUAAAAAAUGUUGGGACAAUGAUCCUAAUGAACGACCUGAGUUUAAUACUAUCUGUUCUGAUGUUAAUGAUAUGUCUACAAAUAUUGAAAAUGUAACUAAUGAAGAAGACAAUAUCUACGAAGAAAAAUUGAAUGAAGUUGUUAAAAUGAAAAAGGAAAGGGUAACCAGUUUAUUGAAAAGAGAUGGCGAUGAAGAUUAA